UAUCAUCAUCAUGUGUAGUCGGCAGGAGUUGGGUGUUUGGGUGGGGUGGCGACGCCGAGGUUAGUCGGUCUGUUAGGACGAAGCUACGAGCUGGGAUCAAAAUGAAUGAAUAUUCUCCUAGCCUCAUCCUCUUGAUUAAUGGAAAAAGGAAAUCAGGAAAAGACUUUUUUGCAGAGCUGCUGCACAAAAGAUUGGGCGACGAGAGAUCCGUCAUCGUUCGGCUGUCGGCCCCCAUCAAGUCCCGCUUCGCCCAGGAGUAUCGCCUCGACUACAAUAAGCUGCUCAGUGACUCUGACUACAAGGAGAGGUACCGCCAGGAGAUGAUCGUCUGGGGCGAGCGCAUGCGUGCCGUCGACCCGGGCUACUUCUGCCGCCUGGCGCUGGAGAUGGUGCCGGCUGCCGGCCGCGCACCCGUCUGGAUCGUCAGCGACACGCGACGGCGCACCGACAUCAGCUGGUUCCGCGAGUGCUACGGAGAGCGUGUCAAAACGGUGCACAUCAAGGCCAAUCUGACCGUGCGCGAGCUCCGCGGCUUUGUCUUCACCAAAGGGGUGGACGAUGCCGAGUCCGAGUGUGACUUGGACGGCGUCGCCGACUGGGACCUGACCGUGCUGAACAACGGCGACCCGCGCCCGCUGGAGGAGGCCGUCGAAGCGGCCGUCGGCUGGUGCCCCUGACCGCAGCCCCGGCAGGACGUCGUAUCGGACCUCGUGUCACGUGACUUGGCGUGACUUUACGUACUCCAACCGCACUCCUAAGCAGACCUCCAGCUGGAUAAUGGACUGGUCAAUCCGUUUUUAGCACCGUCUCUGGUCAGACCCAUUGCGGCACCUCUCUGAUUGCUACUGGCAUGUUUCUGAACCCAGCGUACAGAGCGGACGUUCUGUACCUACUGCUUGAAGCGGACGUUCCGCUGCAGACUGUGACCGGGCGUUUGGCCUGGCCUGGCCGUCGAACGUCCGACGUGGCUGCAGACCGUCCCUCAGGCGGCCAUACGGACGACAGACUGUGACCGGGCGUUUGGCCUGGCCUGGCCGUCGGACGUCCGACGUGGCUGCAGACCGUCCCUCAGACGGUCAUACGGACGACAGACUGGCCAGGGCAAGCCUAGCCUCACUUUUGAUGUGGGCACCGAGGUUUCGGGGCCUUGGGGCCUCGGAGCCUCGGGGCCUUUGAACACAGCUGCACAUCUCUGGAGCACAACACUUGGAUAGGGUCGGCUUAGCUAGCUCUCUUUCUCUCUUCGUCUCUCCCUCUGUCACGUACUGGGGAUUCCGGUAGCACCGGUCGUCUGGCGCGUGGUACUGCACCUGUAAGCACAGUGGUCAGGCGCCAGACGUGGGAAAACUUACGGCCCUCUGGUUGUGGGAUGGCCACACCAUGCUUUCUAAUGCUCAGAUGAUGAUCAACCAGUCCUAUCGCGGUCGAGGCCAGCAAAAUGCCAGACGGCCUCCCAUGGUCAAUACCGUUUCUCAGCCUUCCGUCCUAUAAUUUUAUGUGUUAUAACAGUUUUAAGGUGUAAUACUUGCCCUUUAUAUGAUGGCAUUCCACACGUAUACUCGCCGUUAAAUAAUGCAGAGAAUCCGAGCGACUCAGCCCGCUCGGUCCAUCGCCAGAUGGCUCUGUAUGUCACUAAUGUUUGCCACGUGGGGGGGGG